AUGGAUCCGCUAGAAGAACAACAUCAAGAACUAGAGAUUUUACAAUCAAUUUAUCCGGACGAACUGACGAUUCUGACGGACAAAAGGUUUCAAAUUAAUAUAUUACUAGACACAGAUUCGAAACGUAGACAUGCGGUAUUGCUAGAUGUCACUUAUACAGACGAAUAUCCAGAAAACGUUCCGAUUCUCAAUGUUACAGAAGGGUCGGUUGAAAAUGAAGAGAGUGACGAGGAAGAGGGUGGUGAAGAGGAUGUGAAUUUUGAUGAUGAUGAUGGACAGACAAUGUCGAAGAAACUUUUGAAUUUAAUCGAAACUAUAAGGUUAGACAAAGAAGAUUAUUUAGAAUUGCUUCGAAAACUAAGGGGAGAAGCAGAAGAUAAUGUAGGGAUGCCAAGUGUGUUUUCCUUAGCCUCUUCUUUGAAAGAACAUGCUGAAACUCAGUUCAACGAAAAAUUCAAAGCAAAGGAGAAAGAAAUUUUGAAUGCACGUGAAGCACAUGAACGUGAAGAACAAAAAAAGUUUACUGGUACGAAGGUCACACCAGAGAGCUUCGAAAAUUGGAGAAAGUCCUUCAGAGCUGAGCUUGGUAUUGACAAAAGGUUAGAGGAGCGUUAUGCAAAUGUUCACAAGGGAAGGUUGACAGGUAAACAAAUUUUCGAGCAAGGAUUGGCUUCUGGCGAAGACUUGGAGGGUGCAGAUGAUGGCCAUGAAGUAGACAUGCAAGAACUGAAAAAGAAAAUGGAAGAAACGACACUUUAG